CGUUUUCGUAGAAGCUGAAGCGGAACAAGAAAAGAAGAAAAAGUAUAAACAGUGACGCGUUUGGAGAUGGGAGAGAAAAUUGAAAUGCGUGAAAGUUAUGAAGGAAUAGCCUUACGAAGGAAGAAAGCAAUCUGAGAGUGAUAGCUGAUUGACAUAAUAAGCCUCAGCUGCUUCAUCUUCCCAACUCCAAUCGGAAUCGGCAUGGUCCAACCGGCGAUGACGCAGUUCCUCAACUCCGUUCUCUCUCAGCGCGGCCCCUCCGCCGUCCCUUACUCCGAGGACACCAAGUGGCUCAUCCGCCAGCACCUCGUCGCGCUAACAUCUACCUUCCCUUCGCUCGAGCCCAAAACGGCCGCCUUCACGCAUAACGACGGUCGUUCCGUCAACCUCCUUCAGGCCGACGGCACCAUCCCCAUGUCGUUUCAAGGUGUCACCUACAACAUCCCCGUCGUCAUCUGGCUCAUGGAGUCCUACCCUCGUCACCCGCCCUGCGUCUAUGUGAAUCCCACGCGCGACAUGGUCAUCAAACGCCCCCACCCUCAUGUUAACCCUUCUGGUUUGGUUUCCGUUCCUUACUUGCAGAAUUGGACCUACCCUAGUUCCAACCUUGUCGGUCUCGUUCUCAAUCUCAGCCACCACUUCGGUCGCGACCCUCCCCUCUAUUCCCAACGCAGACCUAACCCUAACCCGAACCCUAAUCCCAACCCCAAUCCUAAUCCAAAUCCUCACCCUCACCCCCAUCCCAGUUUCGGAAACUCUUCCUCCAAUUUAUCUUCUAACUCUUCUUCUUCAUCUGGCUACCCCCACGCUCAACCCCCCGCUAGGCCUUACCCUCCUUCCCCUUACCCUGCUCCCGCUUCUAGGGUUCAGUCCACUGAGGAUCCUUCUGAGGUUUUCAAGCGGAACGCGAUUAACAAGCUUGUGGAGAUGGUUCAUGGGGAUGUUUCCGCGUUGAGGAAGACCAGGGAGGGUGAGAUGGAGGGGCUGUUUAAUUUGCAGGGCGUGUUAAAGCAGCGGGAGGAGACUCUCAACAAGGGGUUGAAGGAGAUGCAGGAGGAGAUGGAGGCGCUGGAGCAGCAGUUGCAGAUUGUGUUGAUGAACACUGAUGUUUUGGAGGGGUGGUUGAGGGAUAACCAGGGGAAGAAGCUGGGUGGUUUGGACAAUCCUGAGGAUGCUUUUGAGUGUGUGGAUGUACUGUCCAAGCAGAUGCUUGACUGCACUGCUGCUGAUUUGGCUAUCGAGGACACGCUUUAUGCGUUGGAUAAGUCUCUUCAAGUGGGAUCUGUGCCGUUUGAUCAGUAUUUGAGGAGUGUGAGGGCGUUAUCCAGGGAACAGUUCUUUCACCGCGCCACCACAGCGAAAGUUAGAGCGGCCCAGUUGCAAACUCAGGUUGCCAAUAUGGCUGCUCGGAAUCACCAUUAUGGUAGCUGACACUUGAAGGUUUUAUGACUUUCUUUGUUGGUGGUUCAGACGUUGAGAUCUGCCAUUGAUUGUUAGUUAUUGAUGCUGGAUCAAUGCUUACACAACUUGGCACAGAUGUAUAUCAUGAUUCCAUUUAUGGGGUCUAAAAUAUGUGUAUGAAUUAGUGAUCUCAGGAUUAUUAC